AUGUCCUUCUUAGAUUUGGAAAAUCAGAAAUUACCAUCACUGACAGUGAGUGAUACUGGAAGUCCCAGUAAUCUGAUAGGUGAAUUUGCCACACAAGUCAAAUUACUUUCUAGACAAUGUCGCCAAUUAGAAACCACAAAUUGUUCAACAAAUUUAUUCACACAUAUAAAAGAUGAACAAAUUCCGUUGUGUCAUGCCAUUAAAGAUCAAAUUGUUAGCUUACGCCUUGCCCCUGGUAGUAAACUUGACAGUGAUUACCAGGAUAUCAAUGCACAAUUGAAUAAUCUGGAAACCAAAUUUAAAUCAAUGAAAAAAUUACCUUUAGUAGAUAAAUUGGCUGGUGAAGAUGAUUCUACAAAUUAUGUAUCCAUCAAGAUAAAUGAACAAACUCCAUUAUUGGAUGAAUCACAACAUGGUACUCAAUUAUAUGAUCAAAAUCAACAACAGUUGCAGCAGCAGCAGCAAAAUAAUGUUGCAAUUAAUCAAGAAGACUUGGAUUUUCAUACUAUAAUACAUCAAGAUAGAGAUACUCAAGUUUCCAGGAUACAUGGUGCAGUUAGUGAAGUGAAUGCCAUAUUCCGUCAAUUAGGUACACUAAUUCAAGAACAAGGUGAACAAGUAGACACGAUAGGAGAGAAUAUUAAUCAAUUUGGUGAAAAUACUCAAAGAGCCAAUGAACAAUUGAAAAAAGCUGAUGAAAACCAGAGAAAACGUAACAAAUGUGGAAUGAUCACUUUAGUUAUUGUAUGUGUAGUAUUUUUAACUAUCAUUUUGAUAAUCUUAAGUUAA